AUGGCCGGUUCCAUCAACUAUGCUCGCAUGCGCGAGCUGACUAUGCAAGAGGGCCAAGAUGAUACCGUCACCGUCAACACCCGCGCUCUUAUCGACAAGGUCUUGGCCCGGUACUCUGCCGAAUUUACCACCUUGAGAGAGCUGGUCCAGAACGCCGCAGAUGCCGGUGCCACCAAGGCCACCAUCAGGUUGGAGACGGAUCCAUCCACGCGUGUGCCCUUGCCACAGACCCAGGAUCCGUCCGUCGUGCUCAGACACGUCGUCAAGAACCACACCUUGAGGAGCCUCGACGUAGCUAAUAACGGCAAGCCUUUUACCGAUGCCGACUGGUCGCGUCUACGCUGUAUCGCCGAGGGAAACCCUGACGAGACCAAGAUCGGUGCUUUUGGUGUCGGCUUCUACUCGGUCUUCAGCGAAUGUGACGAGCCUUUUGUGAUAUCUGGCAACAAGACCAUGGCCUUUUUCUGGAAGGGAAACACUCUCGCCGUCAAAUCUUCAACUUUACCUCCUGAGCAGGCCUCGGACAGUACUCGAUUCAUCUUAGACUAUCGCAAAUCCUCUGACAAGAACGGAGAUGUGACGCCUUCUCCGGUUCCUGACCUCUUUGAACUGUCCAAGUUCCUCACCACUAGUCUUACCUUUCUCGCAUUACAGAGCAUUGAAUUAUACGUUGAUGAUUUCAGAAUACUGCAAUUAACCAAGACAACAUCUGCUGCUGCUCCAACUUCAAUACCGAGCCAUAUCGGGAGGAAGUCCGAGAAAGGACUCAUGGAGAUCCGCGAAGUCAUGCACCAGACGGCCAACAUCAAGGCCGAGUGGACCAACGUGAUAGCUUGGGACAGAAAAGAUCAUUCCCAGGAAUCCGUAAUUGAAGAGGCAGUGCCCGCCGUACCCAGUUUCAAGGGCUUUUUCGCGAGGUUCAACAUCGGCACCGCGAGCAAGAGGGAACAGGAGCAAAAGGCAGCCAGAGAGAAGGCAGAGGCGGAGCAAAGAGCCGUCGCGGAAGAUGUGGCUGGCAUCUCGCAAGCAACCAUUGCCUUGCGUAUCAACACUGUCCAUAUAAACACAAAGGUUCCGAAGAUCCUGUCCAGCGAGCUUCUUCGAGCAACCAAGAAACCGCCUCCUCAGCAGACUCGCUUAGCUAUCUUGACUGCGGACCAGACUAGCCUGGAAACUUCAAUAACGGACGCUUCCGGCCUCACCGUGGAGCGCUCUUCCGACCUCUUUGCCUCCGCUCUGCCAACGAAGAAUGGACGUGUCUUCAUCGGCUUCCCAACAGGUCAGACGACCGGCUACCAGUGCCAUAUCUUCGCACCUUCUCUGAUUCCGACUGUCGAACGUGAGAGUAUUGACCUGUCGAAUCGUCACGUCUCAACGUGGAACGAGGCUAUGCUCGAAAUUGCCGGUAUCGCUUGCCGGAUGGCGUUUGACAGCGGCAUGACUACCAUCAAAGAAACCCUGUCGAAGGAGUUAGCAUCCGCUGGGUCAUCCAAACCUACGGCUGAUCACAUCUCAAAGAUCAUUCCUGAUGCGUUGCGACUGUUGAAGCAAUGGACCGCCCGAGAAGCUACACCAUCUGGUGUGGUAGGAAGAUGCGUUGAAGAAGGGUUCUGGAGGGCAUCCAAAAAGACGGAUAUGCUCUCAACGAACGGCGUCCUGCCCUGUCAGAAUGUGCGCGUGUCAAUGCUGAAGCUGGGAUUCCUUCAGGACCUUCCCAUGGUUCCCGAACAGCUCAUCGAAGAGACGAGAACUUUCGUCGAGAAAAUGCUGAGUCGACGCAUUCUGUACUACCUGACAGUAGAGGAUAUCGUCCAGCGCCUUGAGAACAAACCUCUGAGCGAGGAAGAAAUGCGCGAGUUCCUCAAGUUCACUGCCCAAAUGUCUAAUUCCGAUACAAUCGACGCCAGCGACCUCAAGAAACUCUUCAAUGCCGCGGUGUUGACCGAUGGUUCGACUAUUAUCGCUCUUGGAAGCAUCACCUUCUACUUGAAUGCCGCCAAGUACCCUCCUGAUCUUCCCUUUCCGGAUUCUGUCAUGCCGUUGAAGUACACAAAGGACUUCACCCGAGCACAACUCGAGGGUUUCGGAUGGGAAGAACUCCCUGUGGAGGAAUGGAUACGCUAUCUCUUGGAAUUCAACCAGCGCAAUGGCGGCAAAUCACUCACCAAGGAUGCCGAGUUUGCCACCUUAGUCCUCAAGGUGAUAUCUAAGCAGUGGGAUCAACUCAGAGCGCACCAGCGAACCGCGGUGGUUGCGCUUCUCCAGCCCCACACUGUAAUGCCUACAAAGAACGGCAUGCAGACACCACAGCAGACAUAUCACCCCAACGUGAAGCUCUUUGAAGAUCUUCCAAACCUCACUGUACCAGGCUUGAAACCAAAAUUCCUCGAGGCACUGGGGCUUCGCCAGACCAUUGACCUGGACUACGUCUUCACCCGACUGCUGGCUACUCCUAACAAAUCCGCCGACGACAAUCAGCCUAAGUGGAGUCACAUGGAUCUCAUUGAAUACUUGACGGAUGUUCGGGACUCCAUCCCCGCCAAGGAUCGCACCGUUCUUGCCGAGAAGCAAAUUUGGCCCGUGGAAGACUACGCUGGAUUCCGGGGGGACGCGAAGCGGUCGUAUAAACUGCAGCAGAUCUAUGAGCCAAGCAAGGACAACAAAGCACUCGGUCUUCCGGUCAUCAAGUGGCGCGCAAAUGCAGAGUAUAAGUCUAUGGACCCGAAGGCCAAGUUCCUUCGCGAGUUGGGUCUGCGAAAGAGCCCGAGCUGGACUGAGGUUAUCGACAUGGUUCUCGAUUCAGCAAGGACAAAUGAUGCCCAGCAGUAUGAGAAGGUUAUGUAUCACUUCUUGUCUAAUCGCGCGAUGUGGCAGAAUAUUCCGCCAGCCGCGCUAGCAGACAAGAAAAUCCUACCUGUGGAGUCUUCUCCUUUCCCCUUCCUGGUCCGGCCAUCGGAGUGCGUCACAAACUCCGAUGCAUCCCUUUUUGGGUACAAUAUUCUGCGCCGUGACAUUCAGCCCCAUGCAGCUGUCUUUGGUGUUUCUCGGGACCCUCCAAUCGAUGCUUGCGCCAGAAAAUUGAUCAGGUCUCCUCCAAGCAGCAAACAAGAAGCUGCUCUCUACUUCGGAUACAUGGCUGGGAGAAUUGCCGACAUUCAGAGUCAGCGCCACAUUGCACAGGAGCUUGGCAGUUCUCCAAUCGUCCCACUUCCUGGUCCGCAAGGCUCUGUAAAAGUCAGGCACAUUCCACCGCAAUCUUGUUUUGUCGGUGAGAGCAAGGAGUUUGGCAACAUCCUGAACUUUGUGGACUUCGGAAGUAUUGCAAACGCCUUCUUACGCACCGUCGGCGCCAAAGACCAACCUACCAUUUUGGAGCUCGCCCGCAUGGUCGUUGAAAACCCUACCAAGGUUUUACAGGAGCUUCAGGCGCCAAAGUAUAUGGACUUGCUUCGACAAUUCGCCGUUGAGGAGAGGGAACUUAAGUCGGAUAAGAGUGUUUGGGGUGCAUUCAAGACCAGGCCAGUGUUGCUUGCUUUCAAGGAUGAACAGCAAGCUGGCAAGGCAGCCGAGGAGAAGGAGAAGUCCCUACUUGACGGCGAUGAUGACGACAUCGAUGACCCUACCAUUCAGCAGGUUCUCGUCAGCGCCACUGCCUCUCAGAUUGUCAUCCGAGACAAUGUGCAGUAUUAUGGUGUGUUCCGGCACUCACUCCUAGUUGCUCCCGAGGAUGAAGUUCUCGAACAGUUCUACAUGCACCUUGGUGCCGAGAAGCUCAGCGAUCGUGUCAACGUUGAGAAGAUUGCCGGCAACCCCAUCCCUGGUGGAGAGCACCAGGCAACCGCAUUGAAGACGCUUCUCAUAGAGCGAACGCCGAUUUUCCUCGUGUCCUACAGCAAGGACCAAAUAUACCACGAUACACGGUGGUUGGAAUCAAAUCUGGAUGUGAAGCUUGUAUCAUCCCUUACGCAUCGCCUUCAGUUGCCAGGACAGCGAGCUGUGUCGCUCAAGACCAGUGCUGGCCUUCUCAGAGUGAGGUCGAGGUUCCAGACGUCAACAAUUCUUUACGUUCGUCAGGAUUUCGACUUUUAUGAAGUCAGCCGCGAGCUCGUUCCGCUACUGCUAAAGCGCCAAAACCCAAAGCAUGAGGCUUUGAUCCUGGAGACGAUCUUGAGCAACAGCCUGCGUCGCUUACGAGACAAGGGCUAUGAUGUGCACCGCAUUCUCGCCCGUAAAGAAAGACACAGAGCUCUGGAGCAGGCUCGGCUUGCCGAGGAGGAGAAGCAAAGAAUUGCAGAGGAGGAAAGAAUUGCAAACGCACCUCCGCCUUAUUCCGAGCCAACAUCAGCAAAGCAGCCCCUUCCUCCAGUGCAGCAACCGCCGCAAAUUGAGGCAGCUGCCAAUGCGGUGCCCCCGAAGACUCCAGAGAAGUCGAUGCCGAGGAUGCCUGGUGCCUUUGACUCACCUGAGCACGACGUACCGGACAACCAGGUCCAACGUCGCUCAAGUAUCGAAGCGGCCUCAAACAACAACCGCCGCAGCAAGUUCAUGUCGAACUUCACCAAAGCCUUCGAAAACCUAACUGCUGGCAACAACCGCUCCAGCAUUUCGGCUCCAGGCGCCAGCAACACCACCAGCGCCGGCGGUGGUGGGCAGUCCCGACCCAGCGACCCGAACAACAUGUCGAGCGACAUCCGGGCCAAUCUGGAGUCGGCGCUGCAGAAGUGCCGGGCGCACAACUCGCCACACGUACAGUCAGAGGCACGAACGCGCGACAUCGACGAGGCACGCGGGUCGUACUGCGACAGCAGCACGAGCAAGGACCUGUCGCGCUGGAUCCCGUCGCACCAGGGCACCGGCAUUGCCGUCUACCUGGCCAACAACCCCGUCCGCCCCGUGCCCACUAGCGACCCGACCUUCCUCGCCGGCAUCGAUGCCUUCGCCAACCUUGUGCACCGCAUCGGCGGCUCCGUCUUCGGCCUCGGCAACGCGCCCGGCGUGCUCAAUAUCUUCUACGAGGAGACGAGCAGCACCAUCGCGUUCAACCAGGGCGGCGCGCUGUUCUUCAAUUACCAUUACUUCUUGACGCUGCACAAUGCGGCCAUGGACGCAAGCGAGGGAAAGAGGGAUGCGCAUAUCUUCUGGUGGGAGGCGUUCUGUCAUGAGAUUGCGCACAAUUUGUCUCAGGAGCAUAGCGCGCAGCACGUCUUCUACGAGGGCAGCUUUGUGAAGGCGACGUUCGCCAGUAUGUCAAGGUUGGUUGGGGGCAUGUAG